UCAAUCGAUUGUUCCAUCGCAAUUUUGACUCAUCGACUUUUACAGCGGCAGGCUGACCUCCUGAAAAUUAAAUUGCAUUUGUAGACGGCACGGCUGAAGGCAACAGGAUGACAGGAAUAAUGGACUCGGUGGAAAUGCCCAAAUUACCGGAAAACCAGAAGACCUUCGCCGGCAUCCCGGAGGCAGUGUUCCUGGAGGAGAUCGACACCUUCAUGUCGCAGCCGGAGAACGAAAAUUGCGAAAAGGUGCUGCAGCGACUGGACGAGCAGCACGGCAAGUAUCGAUUCAUGGCCUGCAAUCUGGAGGCGCGGCGGCGCAAGUUGAAGUCUCAAAUUCCGGACCUGGAGCGCUCCCUGGAAAUGGUCAAUGUGCUUCGCAAGGAGGACGAGGAGCGCGAGACGCAAUUCCUGCUCAGCGACCAGGUGUUCAUCAAGACACUGGUGCCGCCCACGAAAACAGUAUACCUCUGGCUGGGGGCCAGCGUGAUGCUGGAGUAUCCGCUAGACGAGGCGGAGGCUCUGCUGAACCAGAACAUCACAUCGGCCGUGGGCAACCUAAAGUCCGUGGAGCACGAUCAGGAUUUUCUGAGGGAUCAAAUCACAACUACGGAGGUGAACAUGGCGCGGGUCUACAACUGGGGCGUGAAAAAGCGGCAGGCCGCUACCAAGACCACCGCCACUACCCCAUCCUAAGGAGACCCACCCAAAUCCCAUCCCAAGAUCAACAUCGGUAGCAGCCACUCGCAUCUUAUUUAUUUCGACAGUACACCGCAAGGGCUCGGCAGGCGAUUCCACCUGGCUUAUUCUUGUUCUCCACUGAUAGCAAUAAAACCGCCACACAAACGCAUCAAGCUGACUCCAAACGAGAUGCCUAUUCCGGAGGAAUGUAAUAUUUUAAUUUGGCUACGGGCAUUUAACUGCAUGUAAACCGAAUAAACGGCGAACGC